AUGGGUCAAGGACAUGAUAAAUAUGAAUGUAAAAAUCCUCCCCCUGAUGAUAGUUUGGUAAGGUAUGGGCCUCAUCUGAGAGCUCAACAAAGUGUAUUGACAGAAAGGUACCAGUCAUCGGAGAAGAAUCAAGAAGAGGUCCUACCGGCGCGUGACGUACUCAACCACUCUAGGGCGUGGAGGGUGGUGAGGGUCGUAGACAACCAUGAGCAGACCUCGGACCAGGUAACGGCAGAAGAAUGUGAGCACUCAUCUGACACCAAUGAGGCGGUUAGGACAGGUGGAGUGAUUGCACUGAAGGAUGUGGGUGCAGCAAAUCAGUAUGGAAAGGAAACAGCUGUGAUCCCCCAUUUACAAGAUUAUCCUGCAGAGAAUGAAUUUCCACAAACACCCUUUAUCUCUUCCUUGACCCAUCUGGUCACAAAUUCAAGCCCAAACCUGGAUACUCAACCUAUGUUGUGUGCUAGCCCAAAAAGCCCAUCAAAACCACAUAACCAAUCAUUUGCAAUUGAAAACCCACUCAAGGGGAGCCUUGCAAGCAAGAGGAAAAUACAAGGAAUUCAGAGCGAGAGGCUUUGGCUGAACAUUGGCCUAGGAAUAAAAAUUUGCAAGGUGCAGAGAAGAGAAGAUGGAUUCCAUGUAGUACGGGAAGCUGUUGAUAGUAUAAGAGGGCAGGAAGAAAGUGUAAGUAUUACUGUGCAAGAUGAAAAUGUAAGGGUGAUGCAGAAUGAUGUAGAGAUAAAAGGGGACAGGAAGGAACAUGAGUCCCCAGCAGGAAGAAAAUCUGUGCACAAAUUCAGAGGAAUAAAGUCUACAAAGAGUGGGAGGAGCACAUGA